CGCGAACCAAAUGCAUUUGUCCAGAAAGUUCCAAACGUGCCCACAGUUUAAACAUUCAACAUAAUAUUAAUAUAUUUUAUGAGUGUUUUACGUCAUGUGCAAAAUUGUAUGUUGCUUCGUAUACAUUUGAAAUGCUCGCUUGGUUACGUAAGUAAAAGGGCAACAGUUUCGUCGUUUUUACACCCAUAUACUUAAAUUUGAUUAUAUUUUCUGCUACUGUUGUGUUAAACUAUCGUCUAAAUGCGUGUGUUUUCGAUAAAUAGUCCGAUAUGUGUUACUAUUUCGAAAUACUCGUUGUCAAGGAAGUGACUUUGAACUCUCGCGAGAUCUCAGCCGCGGCCGUUUGAAGCUGUGACCCAGAUUAAUGGCUACCAGCAGCAGCUAGCUGCGAUAGCAAGCGCUUCGUCCUGAUUGCAGAACUAUUUUUUCCCGAGACUCCAUUUGACUCGGGGAUCGACCGCUGCCUAGCGGUGACGUUUUUUAACUAUAGGACGAUGGGCAUUUUAAACGGAAGACCGAGGUGAGGUAACGUUAGGUCACGUCAUAGCUGAGGCACCGCCAACAUAUGAGAAUUCAUAUUCGCAACAGAGUCAGGGAUUAACGACAACAACGCCUACGAUGCGAUUGAAAACAUCACUACUGAAGGAACCGAAACAUAGGGAACUAGUGAGCUGCAUUGGCUGGACCACAGCUGAUGAGUUGUACUCAUGUAGUGAGGACCACCAGAUCCUCAGGUGGAACCUUCUGACCAGCGAGACCAGUCUGGUAGUCAAAGUGCCAGAGGACUUCUACCCCAUUGACGUGCACUGGUUUCCCAAGACCGUUGGUGGGAAGAAGCAGACACCGGCUGAGAUCUUUGUACUAACCAGCACCGAUGGGAAGUUCCACCUUGUGUCCAAGACAGGGCGGAUUGAGAAGAGUAUUGAGGCUCACAAAGGAGCUGUUUUAGCAGGCAGGUGGAACCAUGACGGGACUGCUCUCAUCACGGCUGGUGAAGACGGACAGAUCAAGAACUGGUCCAAAAGUGGCAUGCUGCGUUCGACACUAGCAAACCAAGGCUCUCCUGUAUAUUCUGUGGCCUGGGGCCCAGACUCCGAGAGGAUCCUCUAUACAUCAGGUCGACACCUGGUCAUCAAACCUCUGCAACUGAGCGCUAAAGUCAUACAGUGGAAGGCGCACGAUGGGGUCAUUCUGAAGGUGGACUGGAACUCAGUCAAUGACCUCAUACUGUCAGGAGGAGAGGACUGUAAAUAUAAGGUGUGGGACAGCUUUGGGCGCCUGCUUUACUUCUCGCUGUCACAUGACUACCCAGUCACCUCCUUGUCCUGGGCUCCAGAUGGAGAAGUGUUCGCCGUGGGCUCCUUCAACACACUGAGACUUUGUGACAAAACUGGGUGGUCCUACGCUUUGGAGAAACCAAACACGGGCAGCGUGUUCAGCCUGGCCUGGUCUGCUGAUGGCACCCAGGUGGCUGGGGCCUGCGGGAAUGGCCAUGUCAUCUUUGCCAAUGUGGUGGAGCAGCACUGGGAGUGGAACAACUUUAUGAUCACCCUUACCAAGAGGAAAACCAUGCAGGUGAGGAAUGUGAUGAAUGAUGCGGUGGACGUGUUGGAGUUCAGAGAUCGAGUCAUCAAAGCCUCGCUAGCUUUCGGGCACCUUGUAGUAGCCACAUCCCUUCAGUGCUACAUCUACAACACACGGAACUGGAACACUCCCCUCAUAUUUGACCUGAAGGAGGGAACAGUCAGUCUCAUUCUACAAGCGGAGAGACAUGCUCUUCUAGUGGACGGGGCAGGGUUGUAUAUAUUUUCCUACGAGGGUCGACUCAUCUCCUCCCCUAAAUUUCCUGGUAUGAGGGCUGAUAUCCUCAAUGCUCAGUGUGUCUCACUCAGUAACGACACCAUUGCCAUCCGUGAUAAAAGUGAUGAAAAAGUCAUCCUUCUGUUUGACGCCUUAACCGGCAAACCUCUCUGUGACGGGAAGUCUUUGACUCACAAGCUGGAAGUGGUGGAGAUAGCUCUGGAUCAGUGCGGUCCCUCCACCGAAAGGAAGAUCGCUUUGAUCGACAAAAACCGCGACCUUUACCUCACUUCUGUGCGGUACCUCGGACGUGAGCCCAAAAUCUGCAAAAUCGGUAGCAUGAUUCACAGCAUGGCCUGGAACAAUGUGGCUAACAUCCUGUGUGGUGUUCAGGACAACCAACUCACUGUGUGGUACUACCCCAGUGCUGUCUUCAUCGACAAGGAGCUGCUUCCCAAAACACUUUACAUAAAGGAUGGCAGCGAGUUCAGCCUCACACCCCACAUUCUGAGCUAUGUGGACACAAAGGUGCGGUUGCGCCAAAGAGACGGUUCCUUGCUGUACACCAGCGUGCCUCCAUACGCUGUGCUCCUACACGAAUACAGCAGCUCGGCACACUGGGAGGACGCGCUUCGCCUCUGCCGCUUUGCCAAGGAGCAGUCUUUGUGGGCAUGUCUGGCUGCCAUGGCGAUAGCCAACAAAGAGCUGACCACAGCGGAGAUGGCCUACGCUGCCAUUAGAGAGUUACCGCGAGUGCAUUACAUCAACUUUAUCAAGCAACAGCCGUCCAAGGAGUCGUCUUUGGCCCACCUGUUGCUGUUCAGUGGACAAGUCCAGGAGGCUGAGGCCACUCUGUUACAAGCUGGACUCAUCUACCAGGCCAUACAAGUCAACAUUGAUCUGUUUAACUGGGAGAGGGCGCUGGAGCUGGCAGUCAAACACAAGACCCAUGUAGACACUGUGCUCGCCUAUAGGGAGAAGUUCUUGCAGACAUUUGGCAGGAAGGAGACCAAUAAGAGGUUCCUGCAGUACGCUCAAGGGGUGGAAGUGGAUUGGGAAAAAAUUCAAGCCAAGAUCGAGAUGGAGUUGUCCAAAGAGAGAGAGAAAGCUGCUAACGCGUCUGUCAGGAGCAGCUUGGCCCAGCGGCGUUAAUGUCAAGAGGACCCCUCUGAUUCCCUUGUAAAAAAGAGUAAAAGCAAGAAUCCCAUUCUUUGUGAAUGUUGCCGAACAAGAUGGUCGAGAGACCAACCAAAAUGUAAAAAAAAAAAAAAAAAAAAAAUUUCUGUAAGUCCAUCCAUCCAUCCAUCCAUUUUCUGAGCCGCUUAUCCUCACAAGGGUCGCGGGAUUGCCGGAGCCCAUCCCAGCUAUCAUCGGGCAGGAGGCGGGGUACACCCUGAACUGGUCGCCAGCCAAUCGCAGGGCACAUAUAAACAAACAACAAUUUCACACUCACAUUCACACCUAGGGGCAAUUUAGAGACUUCAAUUAACCUACCAUGCAUGUUUUUGGGAUGUGGGAGGAAACCGGAGUGCCCGGAGAAAACUCACGCAGGCACGGGGAGAACAUGCAAACUCCACACAGGCGGGGCCGGGGAUUGAACCCCGGUCCUCAGAACUGUGAGGCAGAUGCUCUAACCAGUCGCACACCGUGCCGCAAGCUUCAUUUUUAAUUAAUUGUAUUCAUUAUAAGGCCCUGGCAACAGGAGGGCAAUUGCACAUUUCAUUUGCACAUAGUUGUGACAUUUCUACAGCAAAAAAACCAAAACAAACAAAAAAAAAACAAACAUGUGGCCUUCCUGUCAUAUCAUAGCAGAUAUUUCAGACUCAUUGUUGAUCUUUAACAGUCUGUAUAAUCUGCCUGUAAGUAGUGCUUGUGAUGUGUUUAUAGUUUAUGAUAGAUAUUUUUACAGAUUAUAUUCAAGAAACGAUACAUUCUACAAAAACAUAAAAGAAACAGUGAACAACA